AUGAGACCCCUAGAUAUAUUCUCGCCGCUUUCAUUUAAGCGCGGUCCCCCUCUCAAAAGCCGCAUCCUUCUCGCCCCUCUCACGAACUGGCAAUGCCAUCCCGACGGAACGGUCUCCGAAGAUGAAGUCAACUGGCUUGAGAGAUGUGCUGCUGGCGGGUUCUCCAUGGUUAUGACCUGCGCAGCCAACAUCCACCCUUCUGGCAAAGCCUUCCCGGGCCAGAUGGGGGUCUACAGUGACCAUCACCUCGAAGGACUUCGCCGCGUAGCCGAUGUUAUCCGAAAGCAUGGGGCUGCGUCUUCGGUUCAAGUACAUCAUGCAGGUCUGAGAGCCAAUCCUGAGUUUGUCAAUGACAUCGUCGGGCCAUCGGAUAUCCCAGACAGCGGCGUCAGGGGCUUGUCGCUGAAAGAGGUUGAGGCUGUUCGAGACGACUUCAUAGCAGCAGCGCAGCGGGCUGAAGCCGCAGGUUUCGACGGCGUCGAGGCUCACUCGGCCUUUGGCUGGAUCCCCAUGCAGUUCCUCUCGCCUCUCUUCAACCACCGAACAGACAAGUACGGAGGCUCUCUCGAGAACCGGUCGCGGUUCCUCUUCGAAGUCAUCAGAGGCAUCCGCCAAAAGUGCAAGCCAGACUUCCAGAUAGGUCUGCGCGUAUCUCUCGAGCGAUAUGGCGUGCCAUUGACAGAGAUGUAUGAGGUGCUUGCUAAGGCAGUCAGGGAGGAGGAGAUUGACUACUUGGACCUGGCCGUCUGGGACUGGAAGAAGGUGACCCAAGAGGCACCCUUUCAAGGGAAGACCUUUUUGAGUAUCUUCAUGGAUCUUCCUCAAUCUUCCGUGCGCCUUGGAGCGUCUGGUAAGAUAAUGGAUCUUCAAGAGGCCGCUGCUGUUCUGGAGGGGGGCUGCGACUUUGUCAUGUUCGGCAGGGCGGCCAUCCUCGAGCAUGACUUCCCAAAACGAUUGGAGGAGAACUUAGAACAUCGGUCACCAUCACUGCCGGUUACUGAGGCAUACCUCAAGGCUCAAGGAUUGAGCGACAACUUUUUGAAGUACAUGAAGACUUGGGAAGGGUUUGUCGCCGAGAACUGA